AUGUUCCAAGUUCAUACGUCUAUACUAGACAAUGCAGACGGGUCCGCCGAGCUAACUCUAGACGAUACCAAAGUUCUUGUUUCAGUAUCAGGGCCUAUAGAGCUGAAACAACGACAGGAAUUACCACAACAAGCAAGUCUUGAAAUAAUUGUACGUCCAGCAAAAGGAUUAUCAACAACAAAAGAGAAACUAUUGGAAGACAAACUAAGAUCGUUAUUGCAGAAUGUGCUUAUACGUUAUAGGUAUCCAAGACAACUUAUACAAAUAGUGGUACAAUUUUUGGUACUGGGAACAAGACAAGAAUUCACCAAUAAUGAAUUGAACGCAGCUAUAAAUUGUUGUUAUUUCGCAAUAAUAGAUGCAGAUUUAUCCAUAUAUCUGAGCUUUGCAUCCGUCUCCUUGUGUAUCAAUCUGGGAAACUUGAUUGAAAAUCCCACGGCGGAUGUAAUUUCAACUAGUGACUCGCAUCAUAUUGUAUGUUUCAGUAUAGAAAAUGGUAAGGUUGGCAAUUUACUAUUAUUGGAAAGUGCCGGAGAGUUUACUGAAUAUCAGUUGUUUGAUUUGUUGGCGAAAAGCGUAAGGAGUAUAGAGAGUUUACAUCAAUUGCAAAGAAAAGCUAUUGAAAAAAAACUAGGAAAUGAUUAUAUCUGGAGAGAAGUGAAAAACAAUUAA